CCAGGAUAUUUACUCAUACACUUUUCAUACAGUUCAGAAGUAAAUGGUCUGUCCACAAGGUGGAAGUAACAAACGUAAAAAUCAAAUCGUCAGUCUGCAAACGCCGUCUUUUUGCGGAUCUUCACCAUGAUCUCUUUCUUGGUACUUUUGGCUUCCGUCUUGCCUCUUAUUCACUCACUGGAUAAAAACCCUAACCCCUGCAUGCCAGCAAAGUACAACAACGCUUAUAACGUUUUCCUCAAGCGGCAUAUUCCCGACGGUGCUCCGCACACGUUGGAUCAGAACGCGUGGCAAGCUUUCCUGCGUAAAAUCAAUAUGUGCGACAGACCGACUCAAUCGUUCUUCCGCGCCAACGAGAGACGACGGGUAGAUAAUGUGUGCACUAAAGCUGGGGGUAAAACCCUGUCUGGGAAUCUGUGCAUCAGCAAAGAAAAAUUCUCCUUCGUCACGGUGCGCGUGGACACCGCCGAGGGUACCUGCGGGAUCAGAAACAUUCGCAAUGAGAGCAAACACAUCAUCCUCGCGUGUGAAGACAUCGGAGACGUCUGUCAGCCGGUUCAUUUCGAGGGGAACCCAAAAGACGAGGUGCCGAGCAAUAACCAGCUCGACUGCGGGGCUCGAUCAGGGACUAAACCUAUUGCGUUAAACGUCUCCAUGUUAUUGUUUACCGUGGUAGCUUUGAUUUGUAUCUCAAAGGGAUAGGCUAUUGUUAUUGCCACUUCUAGGCUACAAAGCCAAAAAUGCACGCAUUUCAUUAUUAUGUUCAUAAUUCUUUAUUUUAAAUAUAUAUAUUUUAAUUAUGUCAGACAGAUUGUACCGCUAUUUUUGCAUAGAAAUGAAUUACAUUUACACAAAUUCUGGCACUUGUUUUCUAUGUUUGGCAUAUUUUGUAGCCUAAUACCACACAUGUAAUGUUUUGUGCAAAUUGUUUACUAUUUAGCUAACUUUUACUGACUUUUCUCAUUGUGUAGCCAUGUUUAGGUACAACAGAAUCACUAGCCCACCUUCAAGACAUUGAAAAACUAAAUAGAGGAUCUUGAUAUCAAUUCUGAAGGACACAUGAUCUGAGCCAUUUCAUUUUGGACUUUAUUCAGUUGCAUUUUGAACCUUCAUAUUUUUUAGUGUCGUAGAAACCCAGUAAGGAAAAUACUGUCAGUAAAAAAAAGUUACAUUAUUACAUAAUGCGCAAUAUAGGCUGCUUUUACAAACAUUGCUUAUGGUUUAUAAAACUGAGACUUUUGUCUUAGAUAUGCCUUAUUCUUAUUUAGUUUCUGUGCAGUCCAGCAGGAUGCGAAUAAAAUUCUAAUAAAUAUUUCAUAAUCAAACAUUAAAGAAUGUCUAAAGUUUUCUAUG